GCUCCCGCUUCCGAUCCCACACCCCGAGGCCGAUCAGCACUCGCCACCUCGCGUUCCCCGAUUCGACGCAUACACCCAUUCCUCUGCUCCGCCGUCCACGCGAACGCCGAAAAAGCCCCAUCCCUGAGUCCUGCCCGCAACCGCAAGCGGAACCAAUGGCGCUCCUCGCGCCGAGCCCGCGCGCGCUCUGCGUGCGGGAGGCCGCGACGGCGGCGGCGCCGCCCCCGCACUCGCCAGCCGCUUGCUCGACCGUCGGCGGCGGGGCGGCCGGGCGGGCCCUGUGGGUGUGGAACGGCGGCGGGAUGGGGAUGGGGAGGAGGAGGGAGCGCGGGGAGAGGGUCAGGGCGGAGGCAUACUUCUGGGACGUUUCCAAGCCGGUGGAGAUGGAGGAGAUCGACAGCAUGGAGAAGCUCGACGAGGCGCUCAGGUGGUCCGUCGAGAACAACCAGGCCGUCGUCAUUGACUGGAUGGCUAGUUGGUGUCGGAAAUGUAUUUACCUGAAGCCUAGAAUUGAGAAGAUAGCAGGAGAAUAUCCAGGAGUCAGGUUUUACUUUGUUGAUGUCAAUAAAGUUCCACAAGCGGUGGUAAAACGAGGGAAUAUAACUAAAAUGCCCACUAUUCAGUUAUGGAAGGAUGGAGAAUGGAAAGCAGAGGUAAUAGGAGGCCAUAAAGCCUGGCUUGUGAUGGAUGAGGUUAGAGAAAUGAUCCAGAAGAACAAGUAACUAAACACCCAAGGCUCAAGCAGUGCAAUUGAUAUUGUACUGCAAAAUGUAUAUAUAGAGAUGGCAGCUGAUCUCUUCAGACGCUGAGUCAGCGAUCAAAUCAAUAAAUCUAUAUUUCAGCUCCUUAUCACAGCAGAGCUGGUUAACCC